AUGCCAACUCCCCUGUAUGCCACCUCACCUAUAUGCCACCUCCCCUCUCCCCCAUAUGCCACCUCACCUAUAUGCAUCCUCCCCUCUCCGCUAUAUGCCACCUCCCCUCUCCCAUAUAUGCCACCUUACGUAUAUGCAACCCACCUCCAUUCUAUGCCACCAACCUCCCCUAUAUGCCACCUCCCCUAUGUUCCACCUCCCCUAUAUUCCACCUCCCCUAUGUUCCACCUCCCCUAUGUUCCACCUCCCCUAUGUUCCACCUCCCCUAUAUUCCACCUCCCCUAUGUUCCACCUCCCCUAUAUGCUACCUCCCCUAUGUUCCACCUCCCCUAUGUUCCACCUCCCCUAUAUUCCACCUCCCCUAUAUUCCACCUCCCCUAUAUUCCACCUCCCCUAUAUUCCACCUCCCCUAUGUUCCACCUCCCCUAUAUUCCACCUCCCCUAUGUUCCACCUCCCCUAUAUGCUACCUCCCCUAUAUUCCACCUCCCCUAUGUUCCACCUCCCCUAUAUUCCACCUCCCCUAUGUUCCACCUCCCCUAUAUUCCACCUCCCCUAUGUUCCACCUCCCCUAUGUUCCACCUCCCCUAUGUUCCACCUUCCCUAUAUUCCACCUCCCCUAUGUUCCACCUCCCCUAUAUUCCACCUUCCUUAUAUUCCACCUCCCCUAUGUUCCACCUCCCCUAUAUUCCACCUUCCCUAUAUUCCACCUUCCCUAUAUUCCACCUCCCCUAUAUGCCACCUUCCCUAUAUUCCACCUCCCCUAUAUGCCACCUCCCCUAUAUUCCACCUCCCCUAUGUUCCACCUCCCCUAUGUUCCACCUUCCCUAUAUUCCACCUCCCCUAUGUUCCACCUCCCCUAUAUUCCACCUCCCCUAUAUUCCACCUCCCCUAUAUUCCACCUCCCCUAUGUUCCACCUCCCCUAUAUUCCAUCUCCCCUAUGUUCCACCUCCCCUAUAUUCCACCUUCCCUAUAUUCCACCUUCCCUAUAUUCCACCUCCCCUAUAUGCCACCUCCCCUAUAUUCCACCUCCCCUAUGUUCCACCUCCCCUAUGUUCCACCUCCCCUAUAUGCUACCUCCUCUACAUGCCACCUUCACUAUGCCACCUUCCCUAUAUGCCACCUCCCCUAUAUUCCACCUCCCCUAUAUUCCACCUCCGCUAUAUGCCACCUCCCCUAUAUUCCACCUCCGCUAUAUGCCACCUCCCCUAUAUUCCACCUCCCCUAUGUUCCACCUCCCCUAUAUGCUACCUCCCCUAUAUGCUACCUCCCCUAUGUGCCACCUUCCCUAUAUGCCACCUCCCCUAUAUGCCACCCACCUCAACUGCAUGCCACCUCCCCUAUAUGCCACCUCCCCUACAUGCCACCUUCACUAUGCCACCUCCCCUACAUGCCUCCCCGAUCGGACAAAGCAUUGGUAAAUGCAUAA